CAAAGUUGUUCUAUUCAGCUCGCCCGUUACAUAAGGGACUGGGAGCUCGUCCUGUGCCGAAGCUGGGACGCCCCGUCCCUCUUUGGUAUGCAGUCCGGCUGCUCCCUUCCCUGCCUUUGAAACCAGCUUUAAAGCCACCAGAUCGGUGCCAGGAGCUGAACACACUGAAGAGGAACACGGCAAGCACACGAAUGCAGCUCUGCCUGAAUUUCCAAGGUUUUAACGCACAGAAGAGUUAGUUUAGCUCAGAACGGACGCUCUGCCCCGCGCCGGGGAUGCCGGCGGCCAGCGUGCUGUGCCUGCGCGCCUGCCUGGCGCUGCUGGCCAUGCCCAUCUACCUGCUGGCCUUCCUGGGCAUAUGGGAGCCUUUCUGCAAGAAGGUAUUUUUUCCUUUCUUCUUAGAGAAGCUUUGUGCAAUUCACGAGCGGAAAGCCAAGAAGCACAAGCAGGAGCUUUUCCGUAACCUCCCCGACUUUACGAGCCCCUCGGGAGAGCUGAAGCUGCUGGAGAUCGGGACCGGCUAUGGCGUCAACUUCCAGUUCUACCCGCCGGGCUGCAGAGUCACGUGCACCGACAUCAACCCCAACUUCCAGCAAGGCCUUUCGAAGAGCAUGAGCAAGAACCAGCACCUCCGCUACGAGCGGUUCCUGGAGGCCGCUGGGGAAGACCUGCACGUGGUGCCCAGCGGCUCCGUGGACGCCGUGGUCUGCACCCUGGUCCUCUGCUCCGUGCGCGACGUGAGCGCCGUGCUCAGGGAGGUGCUGCGAGUGCUGCGGCCCGGAGGCGCCUUCUAUUUCUUAGAGCACGUGGCCGCCGACCACUCCAGCUGGAAGUAUUUUUGGCAGCAGAUCUACCACCCGACUUGGAAGCUCCUCUUCGCCGGGUGUUGCCUGACGAGGGAGAUCUGGAGGGACCUGGAAGAGGCCGCGUUCUCGGAGCUCAGCGUCCGGCACGUCCGCGUCGCGCUGCCCUGGACGCCCAUCGAGCCGCACAUCAUGGGCUUCGCCAUCAAGUAACUCACCCCACAGAAAGUCCUUCUCAUAACCAAUACCACACAGCAUAGGCUAACCCAAAUAUAGGUUAAAUGGUGAAAGGCUUUAAUUAAUUUUCUGAUUCAAGCAUCAAAUGGGUAGAGAGGGUCAGUUUUCUGAACUUCUAUGAAGCCUUUGCGCUGCUGACCAAGCACAGCACAGCCAUGGGGGAUCCCAGGAGGCUGUAGGAGCACACGAAACAGCCCAGUAGGCAGGAAAAAAAAAUUAAAAAUAAAAAAAAACCCUAACUAUUAACUCAAGGAAUCUUCUGCCUGUGUCUGGUUCACUGUGGACAAGGAUUUCUCCAGGGAUCCCCACACUCCAUCACAGCUGUUCAUGUUCCCGCCUCACAGAAGGAGCACUCGGAUACAACCCCCUAACUCUGAACUUUCACUCAGUAGCAAGCUGUUUAUUUACGAAAACAAACAAACAA